GUUGAACUUUUCCAGCCGCAUCACAUAGUGAGCCUUGGUCCCAAUCGCAUAGAAGAAGCAAGCCGCCAACAGGAUGACCACACAAAAGUUCAACGUGGGCAUCAUUGGCUAUGGACUUAGCGCGAAGAUAUUCCACAUACCAUUCAUCAAUGCCGUCGACGACUUCAAUCUUUACGCUGUCGUCCAGCGAACUCCCAAGGUAGACGAUGAUGCAGGUCGCGAUAACCCUGGGAUUAAAGUCUACCGGUCAGCGGAUGAGCUAGUCAAUGACAAAAAGGUCGAUCUUGUGAUUGUCACGACCGCGCCUGAGUCACAUCUAACAUUGGCCAAGUUAGCACUUCAAGCCAAAAAGCAUGUGGUGGUCGAGAAACCAUUCACCCCCACUUCAGCAGAGGCACGCGAGCUUGCUGAUCUAGCCAAAUCUCAAGGUGUCGUCUUGACCGUCUAUCAGAACAGACGAUUGGAUUCCGACUUUUUAACCUUGAAGAAGUUCAUCGAUGAUGGAACCCUUGGGCGGGUGGUCGAAUUCGAAUCACACUUUGACCGACAUCGUCCAGAACCACCCGCUGAUAACUGGAAGGCGCAUCACGCUCCUGGCACCGGUGCCGUCUACGACCUUGGAACCCACUUGAUGGACCAGGUGGUGCAUCUAUUUGGCAUGCCCAAACGCAUCACCGGGUUUGUUGGAUCUCAACGCGCCGUUAACACAACUGGGUUGGAAGACUCGGCCACAGUGCUCCUGCAUUACGACAACCAGCUGCUUGUCACAGUCAAGGCGGGUGUGGUCAGUCCCGAGGUGGAGCAGCUACGCUUCUGGGUUCGAGGCGAAAAGGGAUCGUUCAAGAAAUUUCAUCUCGACCCUCAAGAAGACCAAUUGAGGAAAGAGGGCAUGAAACCCGGUGAUCCAAACUUCGGCAUUGAGCAAGAGUCUCACCAUGUAGUCUUGAACACGGUCACAGAUGGCGUCAUCACAAGUCGCAGAGUGCCAACCAUUCACCCGCCUCCAACCUACGUCGAGUACUACCGACAGCUAGCGAAAGCCCUUAAAGACCAUCAGGCCCCAGCACCUGUCCCAGUGGAAGAAGCUGUCCAAGUCAUCCGUCUGGUCGAGUUGGCUCGGCAGAGCUCUACUGAAGGAAGAACGCUAGACGUUUGAUAUCAUGGCUCGAUGGCAUCUACUUGUCUUGGCUGCAAGUCCUGGGACGUGAAAAUGGGUUGCUUCGGUGCAAUGUGGAGAUAAGUCAUAAUUCUGGCAUGUAAAAGUACUUACACGAAGCCUUACUGCCUUGUUUGAUUCACGUGUGUAGUUCUAUGAAGCACUAAAGUUGUUGUUAUUACUGCCAUGACUUGACUGGCAAGGCCAAUCACUCAAGGUUUACCACUGCGCAUUCAGUCACGGGGAAAUUUUGGUUACUGCUCAGCCUGAG